CGAUGAAUCCAGCGGCAAAAAUCACACACUCCGGUUUGGAAGAGGUUAACGUACCCGGGCCAUUGUUUCUGAAAGCGGCCCUCUCGGAGUGUGACGAUCCGUUGAAAGCGAUCGAAUCGUUUCAGGUGGAAAAUGGCAUCUUGCUACCGUCGUUACGCCCGAUGCUACCGUUGCUCGAUCUGCAUGGUGUACGGCGGUUGGAUUUUCACACCUCCGUGCUGGAGGAAUUGCGCGACAAGCUGAUCGCUCACAUCAACGAGCUGGGCGCGAAAGAGGGCCGUCAGCGGGAUGCCAAGCUGAAGGAGCUGCUGGUGAAAAGUUUCCCGGUCGUGCGCGUAAAAGCACUCCGUCCGGUCGUUAUGUGCAUUCUGCGCAAUACGCCGCACAUUGAGGACAAGUAUUUGCGGAUUUUGGUACGUGACCGUGAACUGUACCAGGAUACCGACACGGAGGUGAAGCGACAGAUAUGGCGCGAUAAUCAAUCACUGUUUGGGGACGAAGUGUCUCCCCUGCUGUCACAGUACAUCCGCGAAAAGGAACAUAUCCUGUUCGAUCAUCUGAAUCUGAACAAUCUGUUCUUCACACCAACACCGAAGGUACGCCGGCAGGGUGAGGUGGUACAGAAGCUAGCCCACAUGAUUGGCAACAGUGUGAAGCUGUACGAUAUGGUGCUGCAGUUCCUGCGGACAUUGUUUCUGCGUACGCGCAACGUACACUAUUGCACGCUGCGGGCCGAGCUGCUAAUGGCACUGCACGAUCUCGAAGUACAGGACAUCAUAUCGGUGGAUCCGUGCCACAAGUUUACCUGGUGUUUGGAUGCUUGCAUCCGAGAGAAAAACGUCGACAUGAAACGUUCGCGCGAGCUGCAGGGUUUUCUCGAUAACAUCAAGCGUGGCCAAGAGCAGGUGCUGGGCGAUCUUUCCAUGACGCUGUGCGAUCCGUAUGCGAUCAAUUUUCUGGCAACUUCGGCCAUUAAAAUUCUGCAACAUCUCAUCAACAACGAAGGAUUGCCGAGGGAAAACCUCAUUCUGGUACUGCUUCUCCGCAUGCUGGCGCUUGGCCUGUCCGCCUGGGUUAUGAUCGAUUCGCAGGAUUUUAAGGAACCGAAGCUGGACAGCCAGGUGGUGACGAAGUUUCUACCCGCCCUAAUGUCGCUCAUGGUGGACGAUCAGGUGCGCCAUCUGCACUCCAAGCUACCGCCGGAUGAGCGCGAAAGUGCCAUCACCAUCAUCGAACACUCGGGACCGGCGCCGGAUGCGGUGGAAGCCUACAUUCAGGAAAAUGCCGUCGCCUCAAUACUCGCGAUGUACUACACGCUGCACACCGCACGUCAGAAGGAUCGGGUCGGUAUACUGCGCGUGAUGGCCAUUUUGGCCUCGUGCAAGGAUGACCGUGCGUACGAAGAUCCGUUCCUUCACUCGCUCAUCGCACUUAUCAUACCGAUGUCGGAGGAGUUUGCUAACGAAGACUUCUGUACCGGACUGUUCGAUGAGUUUCUGUUUGCCGGUCUUACGCGGGAUAAUGUAACUCGCCACAUGCUCAAGCUGCUCUGGUACAUCCACCAGAAGUUGCCGCAGGCACGACUGAUGACGUUGAUGAAGGCACUCCAACCGACGGCCCAGCACCACGAGAGUGUACACAAGCUGUAUGAAAAUCUACAGAAACGGGUCGGUGCACUGACGCAGGAACCGCCAGCGGAACCGAUGGAGACGGAUUUUGAUUCUCCGUUAAAAAAUGUUCCCACACCAGGGCCACACUAUGUGAUCUAAGGCCGG